AUCAUUUUUAUCCAAAAAUUGAUCAAUCAUUCCAAAUUUAGAAUUCACGAUUAUGGCAGAUAAAUCAAAUUCGAACCUGAGCUCCAGCAACGACGACGUAGAUCGCUACCGUCGAGUAAACCAGGCAGUCGUCGACGUUGAAUUCACCUCCGACGAUGAAGGAUGGAGUUCCGAAAGCUCCGGAUCGUCGCGGUGGAGUGUGGCGGCGAGUUUACGCGAUCUUGCUGAGAGUAUGAUGAGGCGGGAAGUGGCGGAAUUGGAGAUGAUGAAGGUAAGGGAGGCGGCGAGGAUUGAGGCGGAGAAUCGGAGAUUGGAGAGGGAAACGGAGUUGACAGAGAUGUUGUUGAAGACUCAGUUGCAGAUCACGUCGUUUUUAUGUUCACGAACGAGUGAUCGGAAAAGGAAGCGGGGUGAAGAAGACGGCGGUGACUCGCCGGGCUCCGUUCAAAGGGAAGGAGCAAUGCUGCUAAGCUUACUUCAAUUCAAUUUAGGCAUGUGAAAGUGAAACCCAAGUGUUGUUGCAUCUCAUCACAUGCAUGUACAUGUACAUGCAACAUUUUAAUUUCAUUUUAUAUUUUGUGUCCCAUCAAAAAAAGAAGUUUUUAUUCUUAAUUAAUAAACCAAACUAAAAAUUCCAACUGUAUGCCC